AAGCAAGCCAGCUGAUUGUCAAUCGGGUUGGGAGGCAGAACUAAACUCUGCAGCUCAUCUUUUCUUUUAGUUAAAAAGUAUUUCGUAUUUCCGUUUUUAAUUAAGAACAAAUUAAAGUCAUGUAUUAAAUAAGACUCCAUUGGAAGUAGCAUCAAACACUCAUCAACGCAUUGCACAUACAGAUACAGAAGAAGCAUUUAUUCAAGAACUAGACAAGGAAAAAUAACCACCGUCAAUUAGCAUGGCCAUAUUGGGAGCUCAACUGGUUAUAACGCUGGUUGUGGUCAGUAUAAUACAGAAAUUCAAUGCACAUCUGUCAUUUGCCAAAUGGAUAUUGUGUUCAACCGGUCUCUAUCGUUAUUUGCAUCCCACCGAUGAUGAGCUGAGAGCUAAGGCUGGGGUACCUAAGGAGAAGCCUCAGAAAGGUGGUAAAGGUAAACAUGGCUAUCAAAAUGGUACCCAUCACAAUCCCAAGGAGGGACAAUUCCAUGUACCACGCAGCAUAGAAAUUGAUUUGGAAACAUCACCGGUAACGGCCCGCGAUGUAAUACAUUUACGUUACUAUACAGAAUAUCAAUGGCUGUUGGAUUUCAGCAUCUAUGCUGCCAUUGUUUACAUUAUAUCAGAGGUCUAUCACUAUUUUAUUCCUUUAAAAAAUGAGGUUAACCUUAGUAUGGUGUGGUGUCUGUUGGUUGUCUUCUUUGCUGUGAAAUUGUUGUCUUCUCUGACGGUGUUAUAUUUCCAAAGUGAAGAUUCGAUUGGUGAACGUUCUAUGGUUAUUGUAGCAUGUUUGGUUUAUCUAUUAAUUGCAAUGAUUGUCCUCAUUAUAGAUGAAAGUAUUUUGGAAACUGGUCUAGAGGAUGCCUAUGCCAGUUUUAAUACAAGUGCUUCGAAAUUCUUAAGCGAUCAGGGAAUACAAUCAAAUGGUCCUGCUUCCAAACUGAUUGUCAAAUUGGUUAUGGCCGCCUGUUGUGGCAUCAUGGGCUCCCUGUUCACUUUCCCCGGCCUGCGUAUGGCCAAAAUGCAUUGGGAUUCAUUGAAGUAUUGCGAAGAAAGUAAAGUUAAAAAGGUCCUCCUAAAUAUUAGCUUUGUGUUGCCAUUUAUUUUGGUGAUUUUAUGGAUACGACCUGUUAGCCGAGAUUAUUUGACUGUGAGGGUUUUCCAAGGAAUGGAUGCACCAUUAAUGAAACCUCAUGUUUUUGAAACCCUACGUCUGAUAUUGGUUGUCCUAGCCGUUGUCUUAAGAAUAGCUUUAAUGCCCAUCUAUUUACAAUCGUAUUUAAAUUUGGCCUAUGACAAAAUUAUGGAUUUGCGUAAAGAGGCCGGACGCAUUACAAAUGUGGAAUAUCAAAAGAAGAUUUCUUCCAUAUUUUAUUAUCUUUGUGUGGUGACCUUACAAUUUGCUGCCCCCAUAAUUUUGUGCCUAUAUUUGACAUUGAUGUACAAAAGUUUGGGUGGCUUCAGUUGGACGGGUUUGUUUAGUGAAUCGGUGUUACAGCACGAGUGUUCGGCCGACUUGGAACCCCCAGCAGCAGCAGCUGCAGUUAUUAGUUCAACAGCCCAAGAAUUUUUGGAAGGCAGUGGCAUAGGCUCUAGCCUUAUGACUGAAGAGCCAGCAGCUAGCAAUGAAUUCAAUAUUAUGACCUCAGCACAAAAUUUACACACAUCUUUGAUGAGUUUGAAAAAUGUCUUUACCACAGAAGUCUACAAGGGAAUUUUGGGUUUUGCCGCCUGGUGGAGUUAUUUCACAUUAUUUGCCAGCUCUUCCCUGGGUAUUGUAUACCAAUCCUAUUUCAACAAAACCUAAUUAAACUGCCGGCCUGCUCUACAAGAUUUUUGUUUUUAACUGAUUUUACAUGUAAACAAAAAAACUAUGCAAGCAAUAUGAUUAGUUUUUUUACAAAAGUUAACAAAAAAUCGCAUAAAGUCACUAGUUGUAGUUAGUAAAGAACAUUGUUUUAUCGAAUCGAAAAAAAGAAACAAAUUUUAUUCUCACAACACACAUUUUGUGUUCCAUGUUUUUGCCAUGUUUCUUCUUCGUAAAAAUGUAAUUGUUUUUUUUUUAAUUAUUUUUAUAAUUAUUUAUUUUUAUUUUGUAUAAAUUAUGUUUAAAUUCUAUAGAAAAAAAUUUAAAUAAUAUUUUCAUACUCAGAAGUCAGACAACACAUUUUCUUGGAAGAAAAUUGGGGGGCAAGGUUUUGAAUAUGAAUAAAAAAAAUUUUUUCCCCUUCAAAAUUUAGGAACGGAGCAAAAAAUUCUUAGUCCUUGGACAGGAUGAUGCUUUUUCUACUUUUCCAUAAACUAAAAUUUAUUUUGCAAACUAUGUCAAGUAUCUUCAUCCAGACAUACAAUUUUCUUUUAAGAAAUUCGGUAGCAGACAAUGGAACUAAUUCUUUUGCCUUUUUACCAUAAACUUAACAUUUUCUUUCUGAAAUGUUUUAGGAUCUGCCGUUUUUUGAUUAAUAGGUUAUUUCGAGUUGUCUCCUUUGAAUUUGGUUUAAUUUGCUUUUGUUUAUUUUUGAAAUGGGUUGUUCUUAACGUAAAUUUCUUAAAUUAAGAGUUACUUGAUUAUUUUAAUACUUCUUAUAUACUUAGAUGUGUAUAUAAUAUGAAAAAAUGUUUUUGAAUAGAAAGAGAGCUUAAACUAAAUAAAAAAGAGAAAAAAACUUGUAAAAAACACGAUACAA